UCGCGGUAACAUCGUAAACGAGGACCACCUGACGGUAAGACCGGACUAAAUGGAAGCAGCGGAGGAAACUCUCACUUACCGAGAUGACACCUUACUUCACAGGAAGCUGCUCCCAGAGGACAAGCAUAAGGACACCACGGAGCAAAUCAGCGAGGUGUCUAACUAUGUGGACCUGGACAUGAAACCGGACGGGGCGAAAACAGUGAAAGUGACUUUCACUGGCGAGGGAAACCAGCUGUCAGUUAUCAAAUGUGAGCAUUCAAAGCAAGGGGAGCACGACGAUGAGGGUGAAAUCAUUUCAGAUGACUUAGUUGGAGAGAAGUUAGAGGACCCCCCCGUCCCCGAGCCUGUUUUUGGUGUGCCGCCUAUGGAAAUCAAACUUCCCACCACCGAUCAGGAGAGUGAGGAUCAGCGCCAGGCCGACCCCAGUGAGUGCAGUGAACCUGUGCGCAGUGAGAGCGAUGAGCUCCAGUACACCGACAUGUAUCUGAACAGCAAGACGGAGUCUGAUGAUGGCACGAGCGCGGGUCUCUCCGACCAGUGCGGCUCCGACGCAGUGGAGGACGAGUCCCACUAUAUCACGACGCACGAAAUCCAGCUCACCGAGCUCGACCACGAUGUAGAUUACGACCUGGGGCGAGGGACCUGUUGGGAUUUUGAAGACGAUAACCUUGUCUAUUCUUUUGUGGAUUACGCGUCUUUUGAAAGUGAUGAUUCACAGGAGGGGAUUUUGAUUCUGGGGGGCAGGAACCAACCGAAAGUGCAGUCAGGAGCAGUUGUCAGCAGCGAGCAGGAUGAUAGUGAUCUUUGUGACUCGGACAAAUGUGCCAGCUCAGAUGAAAGCGUGUUCAAAAACCACAGUGGAGACGCUAAUAUGGGGAAAAUUCAUUUAUCAAUUAAAACUUCCUCCAGGGCUGUGAACGAACCUGUCUUUGACAACACGAAACACUUCAGAGACGGGAGCCACCUCUCGUUGGUGAGUUCUGGCGGCAGAGUGGGGCCCUUCAUCCCCGCUCCGGGCCGUCAGCACCUUGCUUCCAAACUGGGACGGAAAGAUAUUAAUGAGUACUCCAGCGGAGCGUCCAGUUCCAUCAGCGAGCUGGACGACGCUGACAAAGAGGUGCGUAAUCUAACCGCCAAGUCUUUCCGGAGCUUGGCAUGUCCGUACUUUGACGCCAUUAAUCUUAGCACCUCGAGUGAGUCUUCUAUGUCGGAAUAUGGGCUAAAUAAGUGGUCAGCUUAUGUGGACUGGAAUUAUGGAAAUGUUUCACGGGGACGAGGGCGAAGCGUAAUUGCGCACAAGACUUCCAGCUCAACUUUGGAAAUGAAUAAGACUGUGGACAGUAAGAGGCAUUGUAAGUCUUUUACCGGCAUGAAAGCUCAACAAACCAAUGUGUACGCGCCGAACAAGAGAACGGCUUCGGAGCAAUCAUCCUCUUCUAGUAAAAAUAUCCAGCUAAACGAUCCUGUUCAACGAAAGCAGCGUGGAGUCAUGCUGAAUUUCCGCUGCAAUGUGAACGCACCCGAAAACAACAGACGGCCAAAAUGUUCAAAAAAAGCACGAUCCAAUGAGGUUACUGGUACUGUCCUGGCCAGGUCAGGGUGUGAAAUACAAUAUCAUCAGACAGAGAGCACGAAUGAUACACACAAAAGAGCAGUUUUUGCAUCAAGUCUAUUGACCAAUGUGCUUUCUAAAAAGAUGCAGUCUGAGCAGGAGUGCAAAAUGGAGAGGGGUGAACUUCGUGAUAAACACCCAGCCCUCUCCCCAAGUUUUCAAAUCAAAGACCAGGACAGGAUGAAAGACAGAAGUCAUGGGAGAUGCUUUCAAAGACAGGUAUCUGACUCAGGCUCAGACUGCACUGUUACUUCUGCUGAUGAUCAGAGCCUGGAUGGCAGCAGACCUUGUUCCUGUGAGCCUUUAGAGAAAUGCAACAAACCCCCAGAUGAUUCAGAAAAGAGACAUCAGGGGCCUGUAAACGCAUUGCUCGGCCACAGUGAGAGUAGUGCAUUUAAUCUACUAAGAGAUGAGACAGAACCUGUGAAUGAGGCUGAACCCACACCUACUACAGACACACAAAAAGGACAAGACAACAGCAGCAUGCUCACAAAACUCCUUUUUGUUCCAAACUGCCAGCUCCUUUCAAAAGAGAAUGAUUGUACAGAGGAUUCGUCAAGCCGUCCACCUGUCAUAGACCCAUUGGCUGGCCAACUUAAAUGUGAAAAAGAGUUUAUCACAGGCAAUAGUGGAUACGGCAAAGAAGACAAUAUAAAGGGAGGAAAAACCCCUGAGAUAAAAAUAUGCCUGAGGAGUGUGAAAGAAAAUAAAGGAUGUACACUGAACAUUGCCAACAUGUUAACCCCAAAAAUAAGUUUCAACACCAUGAACACAUUUAGGGCAGCAGAUGAGGCCAAAUGUCACGUUGUGUCUGCUACAGACAAAAUCCCCAACUUUACCGUUAGAGACAUAAGAGAUACCAAAUGUAAGUUUCAGACCCCCAUAUAUCAGGUCAGAGAUGUCCGUAAAUUGGUAAAAAGUUCCUAUCGCUUUGUUUCAUUAGAUCAUAUUGAGAGUAAAUGUUCAACAGCAGCAGCUGAUAGACUUGAGGCCACAAAGGAGCCAGUUAAGCAUGUAUUACCAGCUCCUAUUGUGAUUAAAUGUCAAUCAGUAAAAACAAAUGUCAAACAACCAGCAGCUGAGGUGUCACAGACACAAGCAGAGGAGAAUACACCAUCACAUUGCACCGCCAGUAGGGCGCCACUUGUUGUAUCAAAGCACCCUGACCAGAUAGACAAUCAGCAAAAAAUUGAAACCAAACUGACAAAACAGAGGCAGGAGAAGUUAGCAUGUGAGACGGCUGAAAGGAGAAAUGAGCCUAAAAUACCAAAGCAGGCCGCACUAGAGAAGCUUAAAGCUGCAGUCAAAACAAUGGAGCAGCUUUAUGUUUUUGACAGAAAUGAGUGGAAGCGUAAAACUCAAGCUCCACAAACAAUCAGAGACAGCCAUGUGAUGUCACUUAUUGCCAGGGAGGAGCAUGGAGCCGAGGAGCUGGAGACAAUCACUGACAUGACUCCUCAGUCUCAGGAAGAUAAAGGAGCUCUGAACAUCAUACAUGUUCCAUAUGACGAUGAAACGUUUAAAACACAACCACAGCUAAAUAAAACAUUUAGCAACAAACGUGUCCUUCAUUUGGGCAAUAAGGCACAGUUCAGCAUAAGUUCAGUCAGAAAACCUAUUCCUCAGAGCUCUGCGCUGCAAACAUCCUCAACAAUGAAAAGCCCGAAGACACCAGUGGCUCCAUUCUCUGUGAAAAUAGAGCCUCCCAAACGCGGCCAGGUGGAGCAGGGAAAGGUCAAAAUCAUUCCCACUAAUCCCACUGUCGCACCGGCCUGCUCCGACUCUGAGAACUAUUUAACCAUCCCGGGGCUGGGGUAUAUGAAUCAAAUCAAAUUGCUGAAUCAAGAGCAUGUUUCAAGCCAAAUCAAAACAGAGGACAGGAAGACAGCCGAGCAGAAAAGAUCUCCGUUAAUUAUGGAGUACCCGACUUCAAGCAUCUACCACCACGCAGCCACAACAGGGCCUCAAGCACAGCAGCAGGUGUUGUGUUUUUCUCCAUCUGUCCCGACUGUGUCCCCUACAGGAGAGGCGUUCCCCCAAACCCAGCGCAAGAUGCUUUUGGAUCCCACAACUGGACAUUAUUACCUGGUGGAUACUCCUAUACAGGCCACCACAAAGAGACUAUUCGACCCUGAGACAGGCCAAUAUGUGGAUGUACCCAUGUCCCAUUCCCCUGUGGCACCUGUCAGCCCGGUGCCUCUCUCGCUGUCCCCCCUGGCCCUGAACCCAGGAGCAUUCGCCCCCACCUACAUGGUCUACCCAGGCUUCAUCCCCUCGCCCACUCUGACAGCCCAGGCCGUGUUGCCACAGUCGCCAUGUCACCCUGAGUAUGCAGGUGCAGAAAAGGUAAUAUUUGCAAAAAGACCUAUGCCAGAAAUGAAUCCAUCAGGCGCAGAGAGUGCGUAUUACAGCGCAACAGGGGGAGCAUCACAGGUGCCACUGCAGCUUCCUGUAAGUUUGGGAUAUGUGACCACCAGAGGAAGCGCAGCUAGCUCCGACAGGAAGCCAGUUAUCAGCAUCACUUCGCAACAAGGUCCAAGAAUCAUCGCACCACCCUCCUUUGAUGGAACAACAAUGAGCUUUGUAGUGGAGCAUCGGUGACCAAACAUCGCAUCAUACAUACAUCUACACCGAACGAUCUGCCUUCAUUCAUCGUGAGGGCAGUUUUCACCCCAGCCACCUGCGAUCUACUCCCCAGGACAACUUUCAGCCACAAACAUUUCUAUCCCCUCUAUGUUGUGUUGUUUAUCAUUGAAGCAGACAUUUCUGGAAACUGUAUGCAUCGCAGCACUUUUUAGGGGUAAAUGCAAUACGCCAUGUACUCUUGGCUGAUGCUCUGCCAUGUUGCUAUAUGUAUGUGCUUUGUAAUACUUUCCAUUCAGCUGCUGUCUAGAACUUUUGAAAUGCUGUUUGGGCCCUGCAACAUGUCUAUUCAAAAGGAAACAAGGCAGGCCUCUUCUAAAGAUCUGUUUUAUUUUCGGCCAAGCCACUAUUUUGUUAUAAUGAAUUUAAUUUUACCAUGUCUUUAAAGCGAGACUAUGUAACUUUUUAAAGGCGGAACAUAUCCUUCACUUAAAUAUGAAAAGUUGGAAUCAUGAGAAAUAAAUACAAUGUUACUGAACGCACUAUAGUCAGGAUAGGCUCAUACCAUCUCUAUUGGCCAUGUUAGCUAAUAACUUGAGCUGUGUUACAUAUCAUAAUAGGAUGUCACAGAUAAAACUUUCUUUGUUUUACCAAAAAAAGCAAGGCUCUUUGCCCAAUUGGUUACUCCAACACAAUGAAUAACUUGAUUACAAAAAGCCAUUAUUAAGGGGGUAUCAUUACAACUCGUACUUCCCAGAGAUUUGUUCUGCAUCCCAGGAAAAGCUUCGUACAUUGAGUUAACAUGGACCAUGUUGAAAACCUCCUUUGCAAAAGUGACUGCACAGGUUUUGGGAUUGUAUGGCCAAAGGCUCCCUGAAUAGUGAAGGCAGAUUUCAGGGGGCUCAAAAGACUGGGGCUUCUGUGAGCUUCGUUGUGGGAGGAUUCUGAGUUGGCCACGGAGAACAAUUUUAUAUUAUCCUCAUAGAGGUUCUGCCAAACUGUCAGAUAUCUCUGGAGGGCGAAGCAGGGUUUAGGCCAGGCUGUUUUCAGCGAUGGAUUACAACUGCUAACCAAGGCUAACAAUAUUGUUGGACCGUUGAAGUACCACUUUUCAGAACUCCUGAGCUUGACCGAAAGAUCAUCCAUUGAAGAGGCAGAGUUAUAAGUAACGGGGAAAGACUUUGCUAACGAAGGUCACUGGUCACAUGGCGUUGGCAUUUAUUCAUUGACAGGAAUUCUAGACACGGUCAAGAUGUGGCCUCAGGAUUGGAUCUCUGCUUUUUGUUGAUGUGGUGGUUCUGCCGGCUUUAUCAGAACGUGUUUCCAAUGGGGGUCGGCCUCCGUCAGGGCUGCGUUUGCCAUCUAUCCCGUUUGUGAUACUCAUGGUUCUGAUGGCAUCUUAAGUUUGCAACAUUCAGCUCUCAUUGGAAUAGUUAGCAGUCGAGUAUGAAGCCUCUGGGAGGAGGAUUAGCACCUCUUAAUCCGAGGCAAUGAAUCUCAGCAGGAAACAGAUAGACUGUUUACUCUGACUUGAAGUCCUUAUAAGUCUUUACUCCUCUCUUCGUUUCUAAUCUUAUGGUCAUUAAGGGUGUGUCAAUACCAAAAGAACAAUAUAGAGUAUUCAAACGGCCGAAAUGGGUUUUCUUUGGAGGGUGGCAAAAAAAAAGAUAAUCAGUAGAAAAUGGUUGGUUAGAUUGAUGAAUGGUUGGAUGUCUGUAAAACAAUCAACAGAAGACAUAUUUAAUCAAUGUGCCAUGUUCCUGUCAUUGCUUCUUGUGGCCACAGUGGCCGCUACUUAUCAAAAGUGACAUAGUCUUGCUUUAAUUUGAUAAUUUGAUAUUUACUUACGUAGAUACAACCUAUAAUAUUGAACACCAUUUUCUAAGGAAAGGGACCAUUGGUUUGCAGUGAAUUUUAAAUGCAGAUUAAGAAGUAAUUAUCACCAAAAGUUCAGUCAAAAUAAUAUAUUUAAAUGAUGCCCCUCUUAAAUGGUAAAACAUAUCUGACAUACUGUAGCUAUGUAUAAUAUCCUACUCUCCAACACUAAUUUUCCACAUUCACUUGAACAUUUCCAUGUUUUUUUAUAAAAGUUUGUGGCUGCUGUUCUACUUGAAGUAUGUGAAACCUCUGUGUCACAACUCACGAAAUACUGCUUAUACUUGCACAACUUAUAUGCUGUAUGAAGAAGUGAUUGUUGAUAUUUUAAAUAAUAUGUUGGAGAAUCUUUUUAUAAAAACACAUUAAGUGUGUUGCUCGAAUAUAGCUGAGCUGAGACUGUAACAGUUUACUUAGGACAGUACUUCCUUAGUAGCGUUGGGUCUAAAGCCAGCUGAAACAUAUAGGGGAUAACUUCCUCUAUUGGUGUUGGUUCAUUUUACACUUUUCUGUGUAACGAGACGGGAGUUUGUGCGUGUGCAUCUGAAUGUGUCCGUGUUCAUGGCUGUAAGUUAUGUAUGGCAUUUCAGUAUUCUGUGAGCGUACAAGAAGGAGUCAUGUUACUUCACUGUAGACGGCAGCGUACAGACUGUACAUGUGUUGGGUGUGUCUUUACACUUUAAACACAGCAAUGUCCGUUUCUCUGUUUUAACACCCUUGACCUCUAGUUGAAAUUUGUAUUUUCAUUUAAAUGACAUAUCAACUGAUGACAAACAUACUCAUGCUUUCUUUAAAGUGAUUCUGGGGUUCUUUUUGUUUCCUUUUGAAUAAGCAGUAGGACAUUCUGCUAGACCCAGUUAUACCAGCAUCCCUUGUAGAUUGGUAAUUUUUUUAGCAUGUUUCGAAUCUAAACACACAUUAAAGGUAUUUGGAGCUGCUGGUCAGUCUAUGUACCUUAAUUCUGUAAAAUACAUGUUUUUAAUGCGUCUGUGACAACAGACUUUAUAUAAAUUGCCCUAUGAGUGGAUUUUAUUAUAUAAAUUCAUGCAGUGAUUUGAAAGAUGUGUUGACUGUGCAGUAGAUUGGACAUGGUUUGCUUUUUAGAGCAAGUUGAUGUCAAAACAUAUAAAGCAUUUUGAGGUGAAAUGUAACUUAAAAUGUACAUUUAAAUCAUAAAACAUUUUCUUCUUAAUGAAAGUAUAUUUGAUUAUACUUUUAAAUGAAUGUGCGCCUGAGGCAGUUGAGAGCAGUGCAGAUAAAACAGUCGUUUAAUUUGAUAUUAUGAAUCUGUUUUGCAGAAUUUUCUUUAAGAAAAGUCCAACCAGAAAUGUUGCCAAGUUUCCAAGCAAAAGAAAAAA